CCUAAGGCAGAACCUAAGGGCACACGGCACGUCCUCGGUCUUCUCAGGUCUUCAGUUAUCAGCCACAUCGCGGCUCCUCGAGCUCCACUCACUAAAAGCACAAGUGACAUCAACAACGAUCUCGCCGUCGCCAACCGCAAACGCAUCUUCGCUGCUCAAGCGGACGUCAAGAAUCUCCACACCAUCGCCUUCAACUUCCAAACUUCACCUCCCACUCCCACAAUGGCCGGCCGUUUCCCGGUGCUCAGCACCUCCAGCCUGCCCCCGGCAUCAGCUUCAGAGCAGUCUGCCACAGCAUCGCCCGCCCGGGGGACUGCCAUGCUGAACUCGAUCUUCAAGUCUGUCCGUGUGCCCGAGUUCCGCUUCCGUUGGCUGUUCUGGGCGGAGAAGGGACAGCAGAGCGGCCCAAAGGACAGAACACCACAGUCAGAGGACUACGCAUCACGACCAAAGCCGCUCGGCGAGCAGAUCAUCAGCAUCAAGGAGUUCUACCAGCACUUCAACAACAUCCCAGUCGAGAGCCUGAAGCUACGAGACUCGAUCCAUCUGUUCCACAUGGGCAUCAAGCCGGUGUGGGAAGACCCACGCAACGAGCGGGGUGGCGCCUGGUAUUUCAAGGUUAGCAAGGAUGUCGCGCCCCAGUUCUGGCACGAACUCUGCUUGCUCGCAGUCGGCGACGUCUUGCAGGGUGCUGUGGAGACUAAGCGUGCCUCAUUUAACGACGACAUCUGCGGCCUGUCGUACUCGGUCCGCUGGAACGCGGUGCAGAUUGCUGUCUGGAACCGUGAUGCAGAUAACGAAGCGGGACGGGACAAGCUCCUGAAGGCUAUCCUCGAGAAGAUCUCGCCGGAACUCCAGCCCAAGAAGGAGGAAAGCUACUGGUACAAGGCGCACAACGAGCAUAAGGGGUUCAUUGCGCAGGAGACUGCGGCGUAGGCUGUCGAGACUUGAGCGAUGCGCGCCUACGUGCUCUGUCUUGAGGCAGCUCAGCAUUCUUUUUGAGCAUGGCUUGCGACCACAUAGGCUCAUACACUAGCGGGCAGAACAAUGCAUACCCAGCUCAGAUACACAUUUGUCACAUCUUGAUGUUUGAGUGUGAUGGUGGGCGGCGAAUGAGGUCCGUGCUUUCUAUGACAGCUCCUCACUUUCCCGCGCGAACAUCAACGCCAUCGCUUCGCCGCAGCGCAGAACACGCCCAUCCGCCCGCACACAGCGCCAUGGCCUCCCUUCCGAGCUCGAUAUUC